AUGUCAGACGAGGCAAAACAAACCGAAAGCCUCAACUACCCGCUCUUCCGCGACUGUCUCUCCGCAACGAUCCUCCAGCCGCCGCCCGCCGCGGAGCCGAAGCGCCGGCGACGAGCCAAGGCGGGGCGGGUACCGUCACCAUCAUCAUCACCAUCAUCAUCCUCUCCCGUCCCGGCCUCGGCCUCGGCCCCGGAUCCGGAUCCGCACCAGGACGCCGAGGAGCUCGCCGACUUCAUCGACUACCUCGCCGACGGCAUCUUCCAAAACCUCCCCAACGAGCUGCAGGAGCUAGACUACCGCUCGUGGAGGGACUCGGAGGCGCUGCAGGCGCAGUAUUCUCUGCCCCUGACCCAUGACAGCCUGUCCCAGCUCGAUCUGCCACCUUCCAUCUGCGAGACGCUCGUCACGUAUAACCUCAUCGCCGCGGACCCAACUGCGUCUUCUCAUCUGCCCAGUACGCCAGCAGCUUUCCUUGUCCCCAUUCUCACAGGCUAUCUCACUACCCUCAUCGAGCCGCCGCCAGCCACGGCGUCCACUCGCACAGACGCCUGCGAGCUCUGUGACCGGUCCUGGAUCCCCUUGUCCUAUCAUCACCUCAUUCCGCGGUUUGUGCAUGACAAGGCUGUGAAGCGCGGGUGGCACCGCAAGGAGGAUCUGCAAAACGUGGCGUGGCUUUGCGGUGCGUGUCACAGAUUUGUGCACCGCUUUAGAAAUCAUGAGGAUCUGGCAAGAUAUUACUACACGGUCGAGCUGUUACUGGAGGAGGAGGAGGUUCGAAAAUUCGCCGAGUGGGUUGGUAAGCUGCGCUGGAAAGGCGGCAAUACGAGGAGUAGAAAACAUUGA